AUGUGCAGGCUGUAUGUGGGCUCUAGUUGCAAAACAGCCAAGACUAAAGCCGCUCGGAACUGCCAGCGGGUGCCUUCGACCGGGCGGGUUGACAAGGUUGGGACAGAGAGCAUGGCCUUCUCCAACCAACUUGAGGAUGCAAACUUCGCGAUGCUCCCAGCGUGGUCCGACUGUUCAUGGGGAUUCCGGACCACGCCGCCAGCCUUGAUGCCUGAGGAGGACCCGGGCACACCGCGCAUCAGCCGCCGGCGCAGCUGGGGAGUGUUGGACGUGGACGAGGCAGGAUUUGGGGACUUUCGGCAAGCGACUGGCGAACAGACGAUGAACAUCUGGCAGGCAUCUCCGACGAAGGUUCAGCGCCUUUCGAGCUCAAGCGCAGCCGCGGCCGCGGUGGACUUCGCCUGGGCCUCGAAGCUUGGACAAAAGGUGCUAUCCAAGCUCGAGAAACCAGACGGUGGGUUCCCCUUGGACUUCGUGCCGGUGGCCGGACUGCAAGAGCGGCUGCGUGCACCUUCCGCGGGCUGCACGGACGUGCGGACGAACUACCCCUACCGUACUCUCACCCGCGAAGGUGUGCCGAAGGUCACUCAACUGGCGCAGUUUCAGCUCGCAGUGUCGGGCGAAAGCCCGGCUCCCUACGCGCUCUUCACGCACGAUGCGAAGCAGCUGCACUGUGCCGACCGCGAGCUUAGGCACCCUUGCGUCACUGAGCUCUCGCAGUUCCUGAAGGACCGGAGCAGCAGCGGCGCGCGUCAGAAUGCCCUGGAUUGCGUGAAGUCCAUCCUGGAGUCCUCCGAGGACUACUGGGAGCUGAAAAACAUGACACACCUCCUUCUCGACUUGGACACAGUGGACCACGUCUUUGACAAGGAGUCCCGGGACAACGACUUCAUCCACGCAGGCGUGGCCUUUGCCAAGAAGCUGAUGGCUCACCCGGACUGCAUGAAGGAUUUCGAUGCGAAGUCGGAGCUGGAGUGUCGAUGCGUGCCGCUCUACGGCAAGGUGUCAACCUUGAAGCUGAAGAACGCGGGUCGUAUCGAUGAGGCUCAGCAGCUCUUCAAGGAGAUCAGCCAGAUGUCCUGGGAAGGAAAGACCCGGAAAUAUGCUCCCGGCGAAGCUGUACCCUGGGACGACUUCCAACACACUCCGCAGAUUUGGGUCCGAGGCCUUCGCAGCAUGCCGAUUUGGGGCCGAGAGACCUGGAAGGAUUUGCCCAUUUGCAGCCUUCUGGAAGAGAACUUCCCUGUGAUCCAAGAG